CAAUGUGAACAAUUAUUCCGCAGAUCAAUCCAUGAUGAGUGACCAUAUACUUACUAUAGAUCGUAACUGCGCAGAUAGAACUGCGUUUGGGUUCCUUGGGCCAGCCAGCAACACUGUCGUUGCCUCGUGUCCUUACACAUAGUACGUCCCACAACACGACAUCGUGUCUUUCGCAGUUACGAAGUGCUCACGUUAACAGCAACAACGUUGACUUCUCGUGAUCAGCGCACAUGUCCGAGGCCAGCUCAUACCAUCAUAACUACCACGGUCAUCAUGAUCUAACCACACGCUACUACGCCGAUCCCGGAGAGCACUCUUCUGGACCCGUACGCAGAAAUAGAUAUGACCGUGACAACGUGAGUCCCAGGCGAGUGCGGGAUGUAUCCUGGAUUAGCCAACGGUCUCCAUCCCCAAUUAAUGACCCGUAUGCACGAUGGUACCCACCUCCACCCGAGCCCGAAGACCUUCCCACACCUGUUUUUCCAGACCAACCGCUACCCAUGGCACACUCCUCGCCCAUGAUGGGGCGCACACACUCCUCGCCUAUGAUGGGGCGUACGCACUCCUCGCCUAUGAUGGGGCGUACGCACUCCUCGCCCAUGAUGGGGCGUACUCCGUCGCCUGGCAUGAGGAUGCCCUCCCCAAUGAUCGGAGAAUACAUGACCGUGGAGGAGCCUGAGGACGAGGAGGACGAGGAGGAUGAAGAAGAUGAAGAAGAUGAAGAUGAAGAAGAGGAACAUCCGGAGGACCACGGGGAGAUUGACUUUGAUUUCUCUAAUGCUCCUCAACACCGCACGAAAGGUCCACGACGCUGGGUUGGGGGCUUCGUCAAAGGCCUGCGUAAGUUUCCUGGCCUGCGCAAGUCCCCACACAGACCAUCACCAUCGGGUGACUUUGCAUCGUCAAUUGGUGCUCAUCAUGAGAAUGAUAUGCAAUUUCCAACCAUAUUGAGUUUGAAUUUGCGCCCGCUCACGCCCACUGGAAUAGCGCAGACCGCAGAGUUGAUGCCCAUGCCCCAACCCCCGUCACACCCGCAACCAUCGCCACAGCAUUAUGCAUAUCAGCAGCAGUCGCAUGUGCAUAGACCACCUCCCCCAGCAACGUCAUCGCCAGUGUAUGCCCCUGGAGCGGAUGUUGUCCCUCAAGUCCUCUCAACAGUUGACGAGCGCUCAAGCGAGCAAACUGGAACACAUGAGACACAUCCGCACCCACACUCCUCCGCCGAUCAUGCUCGUUCUCCCCGUACUCGUACACAUAACCACUCACAUUCACAAUCUUAUUCUUCAACUGUUCAGCCUGUCCACCCCAACGCAACUGUUCAGCCUGUCUACCCCAACACAACUUUCACCGUGACCGACUAUGUCACUGUUCCCCCCGCCCCAGGCCACUCCUCCCCCACCUACGCGCAUUAAGCGCUUUCUACACAACCUCGACCAGCUUCCCUGGGUUGAGCACGAGCAAAUUGCCGAUGCUUACUUCCCUGGCCGUUCCUCCCGCCACCGUCGCUAUCCAGAUUC